ACACAUUUCGUUUUUGGGAAGCUCUCAGAAUACUUCGACGGCCACCAACCAUCGUCCGAAGCCCUUGGAUAGCAUGGGAUUCGCGGGGCCCGCCGUAGCACGGAGACCCUCGCUCCUGUUCGCACUCGGGUCCACGCGGGGAUCCGUCCGCGGCCGAGGACGGUUCCCGCCGCCGAUGGGUCCCCGGAAACCGAAGCGAAAACCGAAGCAGAAACGCCCCCUGGCCUCGCGGGCCGGUUCCCGCGGCGACCCCUCCCCCGGGGCCAGGCCCCUCUUCCUCCAGCGAACCCCGCGAUGGGGUGGGGAGGCUUCGCUGCUCCGCUCGCUGCCUCCGACGCCGUACGACCUUCGCGGGACGGCCCUGCUUCCGGGGGCCAGGCACCUCUCGCCGUGCCUGGGAGCCGCGCUCUCGGUCUCGCCACUCCUCGGAAACCUGCUCUUGCUGGGGCAGCUGAGACCCGAAGCAGCGCCGGUUCGAUGGGGACCGGCUUGCUCCGGCGAGAACGAAAACGAAGACGAAAAAGACGAUGCCCGGUGGUCCCUCCUCCUCUCGCAGGUCGGAUUCCUCGCCAACAACCUCUUCUUCCGGCUCAUCCGCGAAUCUCCCGUCCACCUCGUCCGAAAUAGGUCGAUGCCUGCCAGCCAUCUGGACCCGGGGCUGAUCGGGUGUUUCCUGGCAAACCACCACCGCGAAGGAUCGUCGCCGGAACAGGCGAGGGCCGCCCUGGGAGAGGGCUUUGGGAUCCGGUCCAACCGCAUCCGGGGCACCGAGUGGACGGGGAUAUCCCUCGCCCGGUGGACGGACCUGCUCGCGGGCUUUCCGGAGAAGCGGAAAGGGGGCAGCACGCUUCCGGACAAGGCCUUUGUGUGCCACGCUGCCCUCGUGUCGGCCCUGUGGGGGAUCGCGCUGUGGGCGGCUGCCCCGUCGAGGGACUCCUGGGCCGGCGAAUACGCGGUGGCCCUCGCUCGCGCAGGGAUCUCCGUCCCGGCAAGCUUCGGGGGCCUCCCGCCCCUGGGGGAGACGGAUCUUUCCCGGAGCAGGCUAGACGCGGCCAUGGACCGGCUGUUGGACCACUGCGGGGAGCCAUGGCGGGCCCUUGUGCGGGACGACGACGACGACGAAGAGGAGGAAUCCCAAGAAAACGACACGAUCGCCCGGUCCUUCGAGCUGGUGUGUGCCGCGAUCGUUCUGCAGAGCCAGCCGCUGGGAGCAGGGGCGACGCCACCGGUGGUUCCCAACGGAUACUACACCUUUGAUGGGGGCGAUUCCAGGGCCGACUGUACCGAGGCGGCGGUGCGGGAAAUACUUACGCUUCUUUUGUGGGACGAGGAGGGGGGCAAAAUGGACCCCUCGAGGCUCCCGGCCUCUGCUUCCCCCGAGCUCCUGGGGUGGCUGACACGGUGCGACGACGACGAGGUCCGGGAAACAGAGCUCGGCCGGGCCUGGUUCGAACUGCUGAGCGACCUUCCCGGGUGCGAGUACCUUUCGGCGAGUCCGGGUGGCAGGCCCUUCGAGCUGGCGCCGACCUCGGAAAGCAUCUCCGGGGCCCUGUGGCACCUUCUGGUGGGAACCCGCUCCGAUCGGAUGGGAGAGGAUGGCAAUCGCAACAGAAAGGGCAAUGGCAAUGGCAAUGGCAAUGGAAGUAGCGAUGAUACUGACGAUACCAAUCGCAAUUGCAACAGCGAUCCCAAAACACCGCAGGAACCAUGGACGUCGCUGUACGACCUGGCAGAGUUCUGGUCCGGCCUAGAAAAGGAGGGAGGAUCCUCCGGUAGACGGGAGGGCCUCCUGGUGGCAUACCAGGACCGGCUCCGGCACCGAGCCCCCACCGGUGGCGCCGUGAUGGAACACGAAUCCCUGACCCUCCACCUCCGGGACAGCCCGCGCGCCGUAGAACUCCGCCUGCGGUGCGAUCGGGGGAAGGCCUCUGGCAUGGCGGCCGUGACCCACCUCGCCCUGCCGCGGGCGGAGCCCCUCCUCGAUCCGGACCGGGUCCGGCGGUUUUUGGACCUCUGCGAAAAAGAACCAGAACACGGAACCGAGCCCGUUCGGGCCCGCCUCGAGCCAUCGUGGAGGAUGCUGGGUCUAGCGCUGCGGUCCGUGGAAGCGACCGGCACCGAGGCCGAAGGGUCCCCGGUAGCGGCACCCGACGAGUGUCUCGCGUGGCUGGCGACGCCGUACGGUCCGGACCGUCGGGAACUCGUGGCGGGGGGUUCCGGAACGGACCACGGGGAAGCCUCGAAGCAGAACCGGCUCCUCCUUCGGAAACGGAUCCUGCGGGCCUGUGAGCUCUGCGCGACCCACCCCGGACCGGGGGCCCACCUGCUGUCUUGGAUCCUCCGAGAACCCGCGGCCGUCGUCGAGACCUCGUCGUCGCCACCGCGAAGCGAAGACGAGGGCUCCGGGGAGGAGGCGGUCGAGCGGGCCCUGCUCGGGCUCCCCCCCUCGGUGCUAGAAGGGGACGAUGGCUCCCUGCUGGAGGCGAUCGAGGGGAACCCGGUGUGCCUCCCCAGGGGCGGGACCCUGGCGCGGGUGAUUCGGUGGAGACUGGGAAGGAUCUCGAUGCCCCGAAUGUUGUGGGAAUCGGGGCUGCACGAGCUGGCAGACGUGGCAUCCUUUUACCGAUGCACGGAACGACCAAGGUAGCAUUGCGCAACACAACAGAUGGUUUUGUCUAGGCUAGGACUUUGGAACACCUAACAAGUGCUAUGGUUGUCACAUACAUGCAUCGUCUUCGUCUUCAACGUUUCGAGUGCGUGAUGGUUUCACUUUCGUAAAAUCAUAUUAUACAAGAUUAUUCAUAAUCCUACACAUUUAAGUGAUGGUGGAGGCUGUGUUGUGUUACAAUGAUUGUUGGUAUGACUAUAACCCAUCAGAUACGCAACACAAAAAUGCUUCAUCCAGUUCAUGCGGUGACUUCUCGAUGGUACUUGUACCAAUGGUUUCUUACAAACAUAAAGAGCUCGAAUGCAAUGAAGAGCGGGAACUCGAUUUGAAUUCUAUUAGAUCUAGCAAUUCCUGAAGAAAAAGCAUUCGAACUCGGGUGACCACAUCGGCCGUUCGUAUUGACACCAUGGCCGUCCGAUGGUAUCGGGAUCGGACUCCACUUCGCAUCCAGUACUAUUAAACAUGCUUGUUGUGUCGAUAUUGUCUCUCGGGACCUUGUCCGCCCAGACAUUCAUGUCUUGGUUGUAGCUUGUUGCUUCAAGGAACAUCUCGGACAUAUCUGUCACACUCGAGACGUCCCAGCAUCCAAGAUCAGUGUUGAAGUUUUCUUGAAAGGCAAAGGCACCAGACAUGUCGGUAACUUCCGAGACAUCCCAGCAUUCAAUAUCUCCGUAUAUUAACAAAACUUCGUUGUCCGUGGAGUUUCCGGUGCUACUCGUGCUGUUCCCACUGAUGAGAGCAGCUGCUACAAGAUCGGCAAAAUCAAUGCCCGAAACAUCGAUCGGGUCCCCUGUUUGAUCCUGACACUGAGUGGCGCAGCCAAUAUCGUACAAGCUCUUCGUGGUCUUGGUGUACGCCGAGGUUUGGACAACGAAGAGGGAUGCAAUCAAUAACGAGCGCAGGGACUUGGCGGUGGCAAUAGCAGUCAUUGUUGAAGGAUCCGAUUUUUGUCUUAUUGUGAGCUAGGGGUAAUUGCGUCUUCAGUUGAUACAGUCACCACUGGCUACCGUAUUUGAUUUGAGAAUGAAUACGACAAGAAAAUUCUCCACUCGUCGAAUAAGACACAUAUCACCGGAAAACUCCUCUGAAGUGGAAAACUUCAAAUCAAUCAAAACAUGAAAAGAUCCGUCCCAUCACACCAGGCAAAAAACCCUGGAGCGCUCGCUGUUAGCGAGGCACUCUACGAGAAACACCAAACGACAUCUCAAACGGUCAAAAGCGUGCUCGCUUGAAAAGACCGUUUUGGCGCGACGCCUGUCGAAUUUGAAACCGAGUUGAAAGGUGGGCAUAUGAUAUUCAAUCAAGAUUUAUUCGGCUU